AUGAGCAUCUCCGUCGACGACCUCGUGUCCUCCCUGUCCUCCAGCCAUAUUGGCGAGGAAGCAACAGACCUGGCCAUCCUCCAGGCACAACUCGCCCAGGUCUUAUUCGAACAGUCUAUAGUAGGCGCAAAUGCUCAGCAAGUACCUCAAGGGUACACCCAGCCAUCUAGUACUCCAACAGGGCGCACUCCAUGUAGCUGGGGACAGGAUCGCCAGUACUGGAGGCCCACCGACGGGGAUGAUUCUGAGGACGAACAAAUCGUAGAAGACCUGCUUAUGCCCUCAUCUCCUGGCUCUACUUCGCAGUUCUCCACCUUAUCACAGCAGCACCCCCCCUCAGCCGCAUAUGGGUAUUCUACGUACUCCUCUACAUCAUCUUACAACCCGGAGCAAGCCCGGGAAGCUUCCCCGUCAGCGUCUAUCUUCACCUCCACUGAUCCAUUCUACAUGGCACAAGUGCAGGCUUCGCAGACUUUCACGACGUCACCACAGUCCGUGUUUUCUCAAGGCGGUCGCCCAGCUCAGUCGUCGCCGUUCAUGGUGAAACAUCACCCUCAAACACAGGUAUAUCAUGCACCUCCGCAAUUCCGCGAAGUUCACGGCCUGACACAUUCAAAUUCUCCGGCACUCUCGUUAGACGCCAACCAUGUUUUCGCUGCGACUGCAUAUUAA